AUGGCCACUGAACGGCAGGCUCAACUACCUGUGGUCACCGUUCCACGCCUGCAUGUAGACCAGUCAGCACCAAACGCUAUGAACAACAAGGGCGAGAAGCCGCCGACGAAGGCAUGCUACCUCACGACUGCAAGCUUCCCGGAAGGAUUGAAGAAGGCGAAGGGCGACUACAAUCCGCGCCCUCCGCCUUCUCCCGGAAGGAUUGAAGAAGGCGAAGGGCGACUACAAUCCGCGCCCUCCGCCUUCUUCGAUCCUUCCGGGAAGCUUGCAGUCGGCCCAAUUGCUGGUCGCGAGUAG